AUGUCUUCUUCUGUUCGUCCCGUCGUCGUCGUGGGUUCGGGCCUAGCUGGACUGUCAGCAUCGUACGAGGCUCUGCAGCGUGGUGCACCCUCAGUUCAUCUUCUCGAUCGCGCUCCUAAGCCUGGCGGUAAUAGCAUCAAGGCUUCGUCUGGUAUCAACGGUGCGGGAACAAAGUAUCAGCGCGCUGCUGGUGUAGAUAGCGAUACUUCUUUUUAUACCGACUCUAUCCGAUCAGCUGGGUCAAGGUUUCAUCUCAGUCAACCAUCUGUGGAUCGAGAGGCUCUUGUUACAAAGCUCACAUCUGAAUCAGCAGCCGCUGUCGAAUGGCUUGUUGAUGAGAUUGGCGUUGACCUCAGCGUUGUUGCACCUCUCGGCGGACAUAGCGUUGCUCGUACCCAUCGAGGCGCUGGAAAGACACCUCCCGGAGCCGCCAUUAUUAUUGCUUUACUAAACAAACUCAAGGAGAACAAAAAGUUCUCUAUUACCAACCUCGCCGAAGUCAAAGCCCUGCUAAAGGAAAAUGAUGAAGUCAAAGGCGUCGAGUAUGAAUUUGAAGGCCAGAAGCACAACCUCGAGGGUUCAGUUCUAUUUGCCAGUGGUGGCUUUGCCGGUGAUGCCACAGGUCUUUUGGCACGUUAUCGCCCCGAUCUGAAGGGCAUCCCUUCAACCAACGAUGAGAGACCUGGAUCUCACGAUAUUCUCACCUCUGUUGGAGCCGAGCUAUUAGAUAUGGACAGUGUUCAAAUCCACCCAACAGGCUUCGUCGACCCCGCCAGUCCCAACACAAUGCUCAAGUUUCUCGCAGCCGAGAUGCUCCGUGGCGAAGGUGGUAUUCUUCUUUCACCAGAUGGAUCUCGUUUCGUCAAUGAAAUGGAUACCCGCGAGCAUGUCAGCAACGCCAUUAUGAAGCUUCCAACUGCCACUGACGGCGGUGGCGUGAUCAAGCAGUGGGAUAUAACGAUUCUUCUCGAUCCUGGUGCUUCAGAAGCGUCGGUCAACCACAUCAGCUUCUACGAAUGGAAAGGUCUUCUCAAAAAGGUCAAAGUGCGCGACCUAACCAGCGCCCAAAUUGCUGCUGUGGACAAGUAUGCCAAAGCAGUAGCUGAUGGGUCAGCGGAUGAGUUUGGUCGUACACAACGUGGAAGAUGGACACUUCCACCAGGAGAGGAGAACCGGGACCAAGAUAUUUAUAUCGGCAGAGUGACGCCCAUUACACACUUCACCAUGGGAGGAGUCGCUAUUGAUGAGAAGGCUCGUGUGUUGAAGAAGAGUGGUGAUAAGCUUGUACCUAUUCCUGGUUUGUUUGCUGCAGGGGAGAUUACUGGUGGUAUUCAUGGUGAUAACCGCCUGGGGGGAUCUUCACUGCUGGAAUGUGUUGUGUACGGACGGACUGCUGGUGCUGAGAUUGUUGGCUCGGCUUAG